AUGACCACCAAGGAGGGCCUAGUUCUGAAGAACUACAGAGGCUCAACAUCGCUGGAGUCCUUUCACUUACACCUGAACAGGUUUAUUUCAGGAGAGCCUAUUCGUAUUGACUAUUUGUAUAGGCAGACAGGGCAGGUCCUUCAGGACAUGAACCCAGACUCUGAGGAGACUGAUGAGCUGUUGGAAGAUCUCAACAUUGGGGAGGAGCAGGAAGAUGAAGGCUUUGAGGACCAGGAUUUAGACUUGACUGUUGGGAACCUUAUGACCUCAACAUCCGUUCCAGGCCAGCCUGCUAAUACAUCCACACAGUCUGCGGCCUUCUCUGCCGCCACACUGCCCACCUCUGCCUCCACACAGUCUGCGGCCUUCUCUGCCGCCACACUGCCCACCUCUGCCUCCACACAGUCUGCGGCCUUCUCUGCCUCCACACUGCCCACCUCUGCCUCCACACAGUCUGCGGCCUUCUCUGCCUCCAUAAAGCCUGUGGACCUUUCUGUUAAACCUGCUGGUGCUACUCCCGAUAUACAUGCUGUGGAUGAGCACAACAUGCCAGGAAUGGAUCGUGUGGACACACUAGCAGAGUAUCUGGUGAGUCUGCGGAACCAUACUGGUUUGACAUUGAGCAACCAACAGGUCAGCACUAUCAUAGGCCUCUGGCAGAACCUGCUGCCAUUUGACCAGCAACGGGUGGUGUUCGCUGCCAGGCACCAGGACAGGCUCAUAACAGGAAAGUUCAGGUCUCCCAAGAAAAAGGCAGAGUUUACUGCUGGUGUGGAGAGCCUGAAGCGGUGUGUGCUGGGAUCCACUGCCUCCCCUGCCCAAUGGCCAGACUGCUGCUGCUCGGUGGAAACCAUUUCUGUUAGACUCUGUCGCUUAAGAGUCCCAAAAAGCAAGGACAGUGUGGGAGCCUGACAAGAUGGGACUCAACAUCCGGCAGCUAAUUCUUGGUAAUGGAGCCAUCAUACAGAGCACUACUCUCCAGCUGGUUGAGGUCAAUCAAACGACCCUCAUCCAUUGACAUAAUAAACGGGUGAAGCGGCAGGAUGUCACACUGUUCCUGCAGGGGAUAAAUCUACCUGGUCCACUUCCUCUGGCUUCUGAGGUUCUUCCACCUGCUAAUACCCGCCCUGCUGCUUUUCCCCAAACACACGGCACUGAACAUGUGUACAACAUGCCCCCAAGCACUGCAGGAUAGGUGAAGACAA